AUGGACACGGCGCUCAACAACGCGCUGGAGCAGGCGCGAGGACUCGUUGGCGAAGAGGAGGACGAGGACGCGCAAGAGAUCCUUGCCGGCGAGGACAAUGAGCAGACGAUCGAAUUCGAAUCCUCCUCCCCGACUCUCGUCGUUCCUUCACCUCGUCGCGCCUCUGCCGAAUCGACAGCGUCGACUAUCACCGACAAGCCUCUACCCGGCCUUCCGCCUCCGACUCCAUCGCGGACGUCCGACUCGACGCGCAACACCGUCACGAAGCGCCCGACAGGCGACUUGGAUGUCCACCUCGACACGACGAACAGCGGUGCUGAGACCGACAAUCCGCAGAUCGGUCCACCGCAGGUCAACGAGGACUUCCCAACGGGCUCAUCAAAUGUCGCUCAGGUCGAGGAGAACGAGCCGACGGACGCGGACGGUCCAGCCGACGAAGCCGUUGAGGCCACCACGCCGGACGGCGAAGCGGCGGCUGAGGGUGAGAUGGCUAUUGUCUCGGAGUAUGAGCAAGACAAUGAGGGAAAGCCGGAGGCGCAGGGUGAUGUUGAGCAAGACGAGGCGGAAGAGACGUUGCCUGCGUCCCAGGACGAGCAGGUCUCAGCGCUGUCGACUUCAACCGCGUCAGCCGACCAGCCAUUACCGCCGGCUACGCCUUCGUUGGUGGCGCACCCAAUCUCGCCCUCCUUCGUGCCAACCUCACCUUCGUCGGCGCGCCAACGGACGGACAGCAAUGCGAGCAGUACGACCGGCAUGCGCCCGCUCGUCCUCCCUAUCACGACUCGCUUGCGACAUUGA